AUGGAGCAUCAUCCACCAGUAUAUAUUAAUCUAGAAGAUAGAACUGAUGAUAUCAUUGGUAACCAUCAACAACAGAAUCAACAUAAACAGACACAGCUAAUUAUGAAUGGAGUAGAUGAUUCCCUUGGUUUGCAAAACUUGCAUGGUUUACCACCACCAGAUGGUGAUAUCAACAAUAUUGAUACUAAACAAAAUGAAACAACAAUUAGGCUAUACUCACAAAUGAGACAGCUCUACAAUGAAAACAACUUUGUGGAAAUCAUGUUUUUGCUCCCUCACAUUUCUCAAUUAAACAUCAUACCUCCAAUAUUUCAUUUAAUUAUUGGCUGUACUAUGGUCCACUUUGGGAGAUUAACCAGCGGGUUUAGAGAAAUUGGUGUAGCUAUAUGUUUGGCGCCCAACGAGAUCGAUAGAAAAGAGUUCAUCACUGUAUUAGCUUAUACUUAUGCUGAUUUAAAUGACAGAGAUUCUGCUAUGGGUUGUCUUGGUGAAAUUUUGGAUAUUUCUCGAAGAAAUUUGACAGGUCCUAAACAAUUUGAUGAAAUGAAGGCUGAUAUAUGCCAGUUGGAAAGAAAUUUAUUAAAUAAAUUGGAAUUGACAAAAUUAAACAAGUAUGUAAAAGGUAUUGUUGGAAAUUUGCUGAAAUCGAGGCGGGGAGGGUUUUCCAUCUUCAUUAUUACUAACAACUCACCUUCUAGACAACCAACCAAUGGCAAAUGCAAAUCAUUUGAUGAUCAGGUUUUGGAUUUAAUUGCUUUAAAUAAGUUCUUCCCCAAAGAUUCAUUUACCGGCAAAUGCCAAAUCAUUAUUGGUAAAAUUAACCAUGCAGAUAUAUUAUUACAAAAAUGGGAUAAGGAAAGAAAAUUAUUAAAACUGAAUCCACUUAAAUUGUUGGUUGAAGCUAUAUUAGUAUUAGGGCCCAGUAUUGCUUAUUACGGAAUGUUGAAAUUAGAACCAAUUAUGAAUCAGUAUUUCGAAUUCAUUGAAAACCAAGCCAAAACCAAUAAUGCUGGUGGUAAUAAGUCACCAAAAACAAGAACCGUAUCAGCUUUUUUUUUGGGUGGAUUAACUCCAAUUAAUGGCGGAAGUAGUAUUAAUGGUGGUAUCAGCUCUGUUGCUAAUGGGUCUGGUGGAAAUGGUGCUGCUGCUGCUGGAGACAUUAGAGCAAUUUCCUCAGGCAAUGUGUACAAUUCCACUUUUCAACAAACGAAAAUAAUCAAAGGAUUUAUUGCCAUGUUGCGUCAUGAAUAUAAGGAGGCGUUUGAAUUAUUUAUUGAAGCAGAAGAUGAAAAGUCUGACUACUAUAACCAUGUGUUGAUUCUCAAAUAUAUCUGUCAAUCAAAUGAACCACAACAACAUAGAAAAGAUUUAGAAUUACUUGUUGAUAAAAUCAUUAGACUUUCCUUUGUUUCUACUUUUAAAUUCCAUACUUUGGCUAAAAUUUAUCAACGAUUAUACAUAUUGGAGCAAACAUCAAGACACAGCCGAAGAAGUAUAUUGAAAAAGUCAACUUGUCCAAAUUAUCAUGAUUUACUGAUGAAAUUUUUCUUGUCGGCAGCGGCAUUUGCUCAGGAUGAUGACUUAUACAUUACUCAAUACUAUGACAACAUUCUCAAUUUCUUGAUUAGUGGAAAGGGUAGCUAUGAUUGUGAUGAAAAAGACGGCCAAGUACAUAUACCCACUGUGGCCUUCUUUUAUCAAGUUCGAAAUUAUUUUUGCUUAAAAUCGGAUUAUAAUUAUCUUUAUAUUCCCGGUUUGGUUGGUGAUUGGCAAGAAAUUAAGUAUGAUACUAAAUUGAAGCUCAAGAUUGAAAAAUAUUUAGACCCAGAAGCUACUGAAUCAAAAACUGUGUCGCCUGCAAGUGGUGAUAAUUUCAAGAGAUCUACUAGAGUGGUUGAUAUGAUUGGGUAUUGGGAAAAGGAGUAUCUCAAAUUUAAAGGAGAAUUGCCUGAUACAAUCAAACAAUUUUUAAAGAAGGAGUAA